GAUAGUAAAGAUAUAUGCAUUUUUAUUUUUUUUUUAAGUUCACUUGAUCAACACUUCAUGCAAUUAAUUGUGGAAUCAUUUAAUUCCCCAAUUUGCCCCGUUUACAUUUAUUCGUCAUUUAGCGGAUGGCGAAGAAAAAGAAAAAUCAGAGGGCAAAAGGGGAAAACGGGAGAUUGGCUGACAAGAAAUAAUAAUAUUUUAAUGAGUAGAUCGCCCCCAAAUUUCCUGUUUUAAUUGUUCGAGCAGAGGAAGAACCAGAAGGUCGAGGCCAUCAUCGUCAUCAUCAGCCAAAGCUAGAAAAGAGUCAAAGACCCAAAGCCCCAGUCCCUUCUCGCCUUUGAAUCUCUCUCUCCAAAGCCUCCGUUCUCUCUCUAGGUUUCGGCCUUUCUUUGUCUCUCUAUUCAAAAUCCCUAAAUUUGUCAGAGGUCGGAGUGAGGUUGAUAAGCUAAUUUGUAGAUUUCAUGUUUGAGGUUGGAUUUGAUAUAUUGUCUUAGUAUUUGAUGCUGGAUGCAGUAUGCCGCUGAUAGUUGGGAGAAAUGCAAAGGUAUCAUGCUACCAGCUGCACUAGUGCAGUUAAUAACAGUGCAAUAGGGGGAGCCUCUGCUAGGGAUACUGCCCGGGCUGACUCAUCUUUGUUACCCCCUAACAUCGCAUUGAAUUCUAGACGACAAUCUCAGUUAGCACCCUACAAGUUAAAGUGUGACAAGGAACAUCUUAAUUCUAGACUUGGGCCCCCUGAUUUUCAUCCUCAGUCCCAAAAUUGUCCCGAAGAGACUCUCACUAGAGAAAAUGUGCAGCAGGGAUAUAAGGAGACUAUUGAUGGACUGGAGGAUUCCAAAGAGAUUUCAUUGACUCAGGUUCAGGCUUUUACAAAGCCAGUUGUUCUGAAAUGCAGAGAUGCAAUUAGAAAGUGUCUAAGGGCGAUCAAUGAUUCUCGUGCUCAAAAGCGGAAGGCUGGUCAGGUUUAUGGUGUCCCUCUUACUGGUCAACUGUUAAGUAAACCAGGGGUUUUCCCUGAACAAAGGCCAUGCAAUGAAGAUUUCAGAAAGAAAUGGAUUGAGGGCUUAUCACAGCAACACAAGCAAUUGCGUUCUUUGGCUGAUCAAGUUCCUCAAGAUUAUAGGAAGAAAACUGUAAUAGAAGUUCUUAUCAGGAAUAAUGUUCCAUUGCUGAGAGCAACUUGGUUUAUCAAAGUAACUUAUCUUAAUCAGGUUCGCCCUGGUUCUGCAAUAUCUUCUGGAGCACCUGACAAAACUCAAUUAUCUCGUACAGAACUCUGGACAAAAGAUGUUAUUGAUUACUUGCAGUACCUUUUGAAUGAAUUUUUUUCAAGAAAUAAUUCUCAUUCCACUCAACAUGGUAAAGAUAGAUUGCCACAAAUGCUUUAUACUGGGUCUUUGCAGCAUAGGAGUGAUUCCACAUCAGCAAUCCUUGAUGGUGAGGAGCCAUCCCUUCACUUUAAGUGGUGGUAUGUGGUGCGGCUCUUGCAGUGGCAUCAUGCAGAAGGACUGGUUCUGCCUUCUCUUAUCAUUGAUUGGGUUCUGAAUCAACUGCAGGAAAAGGGAUUGCUUGAGAUUCUGCAGUUGCUAUUGCCUAUCAUUUAUGGAGUUUUGGAAACCAUCACCCUAUGUCAGACAUAUGUACGCAAUCUUGUGGGUGUGGCUAUUCGCUUCAUCUGCGAGCCUUCUCCAGGUGGAUCUGAUCUGGUUGAUAAUUCCCGGAGAGCUUACACAAUAUCUGCUCUGAUUGAGAUGCUUCGCUAUUUGAUACAGGCUGUGCCAGAUACAUUUGUUGCUUUAGAUUGCUUUCCUUUACCAACUUGUGUAGUCUCACAUACAUUGAAUGAUGGUGGUUUUUUAUCAAAGUCAUCGGAUGAUGCAGGGAAAAUAAAAAAUAAUUCAGUGGAUGCUUAUGUUCUCAGAUGUAAAGGAUUUGAUUCUCACUACCAAUCCUUGUCAUUUGAUCAUGUUGUUUCCACCAUCCAGAAACGUGCUGAUAAUCUUGCUAAAGGUUCAAGUACUGGAUAUCCUAGCCAAAGUGUGGCAAAAGCUGUGCAGACCCUAGAUAAAGCUCUUUUGCAGGGAGAUCUAAUAGAGGCUUAUAAACAUAUCUUUGGUGAUCUUUUUGAUGGAGCAGUUGGCGAAGGUUGGGUUGCAGAAGUGAAUCCAUGCUUAAGAUCAUCACUGAAAUGGCUUAGAACUGUGAAUUUGUCAUUGAUUUGCUCAGUUUUUUUCCUUUGUGAGUGGGCAACUUGUGACUUCAGGGAUUUCCGGACUGCUCCACCCCGUGACUUGAAAUUCACUGGAAGGAAAGAUUUUUCUCAAAUAUAUCUUGCAAUUCAGCUUUUAAAGCUGAAGAUGAAAGAGUUGCAGCAUCCACGACACAAGAAUGGAAGGGCUUCUGGAGUUAACUGUACUGCAAAGAAUACCAGUCAGCAGAAUAACCAUUCCAGAAGGAAUUUGUUGGGAGAUAUAUAUGAAGCUAAAAGCAAUGGAAAAGGUGUGGAUGGAAGAAGUAAUAAUAUUUCAGAUAUAUUUGACAGCCCAGGACCUCUGCAUGAUAUUAUUGUGUGCUGGAUUGAUCAGCAUGAAGGGCAUAAAGGAGGUGGCAAGCGUCUUCAGCUUUUUGUAUUAGAACUCGUACGUUGUGGAAUCUUUUAUCCUCAGGCAUAUGUGAGGCAGCUGAUAAUUAGUGGAAUUAUUGAUGCUAAUGGACCUAUGGAUGACCUGGAAAGAAGGAAGAGACACCAUCAAAUCUUGAAGCAGCUCCCAAAGCAGUUUAUCUGUGAUGCUUUAGAAGAAGCAAGAAUUGCUGAGGGUGUAGAACUGCUUGAGGCUGUAAAUGUUUACUCAAAAGAACGUCGUCUUGUCCUUCAUGAGCUUCUUUUUGAUCAAUAUAAUAAUGCAAACAAUUCUCAUGUAUCAGCUAAGAAGCAAAAGUAUCAUAGGGAUGGUGCUUCCCAAGUUUCAGGUGAUCAAUGGAAAAGUGUUCAGUUUUCAAAGGCUUUCAGGAGAGAUGUGUACCUUGAGGAACUGAAGGCUUCCAUUUCAGUGUUGUUGCAAUUCCCUAGCUCAUCUUCUACAUCUGCAGAUAGUGGAGUGGAUGAGUCUCAAGGGAGUGUCAAAAGGCCUGUUGGGUCAACAUGCAACAAGAUGGAUUUGUUUGAAGGUACUCCUGGGUGUGAAGAUUGUAAAAGGGUAAAAAGACAGAAAUUAAGUGAGGAUAAGAGUUCAUUUCUUCAAGUACCUUCACCAAUUCCAUCAGAUGAUGAAGAUACUUGGUGGGUGAGGAAGGGGCUGAAAAACUUAGAGUCUUUCAAAGUUGAUCCUCCUCUUAAAUCAACGAAGCAAGUUUCUCGUGGUAGGCAAAAGACCGUGCGUAAAACUCAGAGUCUUGCUCAAUUAGCAUCUGCUAGAAUUGAGGGUAGCCUGGGAGCAUCUACAAGUCACGUAUGUGAUAACAAGAUAAGCUGCCUGCAUCAUAGAACUGAGGUGGAAACUCUAAAAUCAGUGGAUGGGAUUGGAACAACCCAUUUUGGAGAUAUUGUUUCAAUUGGAAAGGGCUUAAAGCAGCUUCGCUUUGUGGAGAAGAGGAUUGUUGCAGUUUGGUUGAUAUCUGCAGUUAGGCAGCUUGUUGAAGAGUCAGAAAAAUCUGUGGCGAAGGUUGGCCAGAAUGGCAGGCCAUUUGUUGCAUCUGAUGAGAAGAGUCCGUCAAGGUGGAAGCUUGGUGAGGAUGAGCUAUCAACUAUACUGUAUCUAAUGGAUGUUUCUUGUGAUUCAGCUUCAGCUGUCAAAUUUCUCAUAUGGUUGUUGCCAAAAGUGGUUAGUAAUCCCUCUCCUACCAUUCAUAGUGGGAGAAACGUUCUAAUGGUGCCCAGGAAUGUGGAAAAUUAUGCGUGUGAAGUGGGGGAGGCAUAUCUUUUAUCAUCUCUCAGAAGGUAUGAGAACAUACUUAUUGCUGCAGAUCUUGUGCCUGAAGCCUUGUCGGCUACAAUGCAUCGUGCUGUGGCAGUUAUGGCCACUAAUGGAAGAAUUACUGGCUCAGGAACCCUUGUUUUUGCUCGGUAUUUGUUGAAGAGGUAUGGCAAUAUUGCCAGUGUAAUUGACUGGGAGAAGAAUUUCAAGGGGAUUUGUGAUAAGAGACUUUUGUCUGAACUUGAAUCUGGAGGAACAGUCGAGGAAGAGUUUGGGUUUUCACUUGGAGUUCCAGCAGGGAUUGAAGACCCUGAUGAUUAUUACCGUCAAAAGAUAACUGGUGGACGGUUAUCUAGGGUGGGUUUAAACAUGAGAGAUAUGGUUCAGCAUCAUGUUGAUGAUGCCUUGCACUAUAUCUUAGGUAAAGAGAGAAAACUUUUUGCAGCCAAUGCACCAAAAAGUCCUGCCAUUGAAAAAGGGGAUGAUGGUUAUCAAGUAGCUCAACAAAUCAUAAUGGGACUAAUGGACUUUAUUAGGCAAACUGGUGGUGCUGCUCAAGAAGGGGACCCAGGUUUGGUGUCUUCUGCUGUUUCUGCCAUUGUUAGCAGUGUUGGACCAACCCUUGCAAAGAUACUUGAUUUUACUGGUGGCAGCAAUUAUUCAUGUUAUCAGCCACCUAUGAAUUCCUUGAAUUUUGCUAAGCGCAUAUUACGCAUUCAUUUAAUUUGUCUAUGCCUGCUAAAGGAAGCUCUUGGAGAGCGCCAAAGACGAGCAUUUGAGAUAGCUCUUGCAACAGAGGCUUCUUCUGCUUUAGCAGUAGCUUUUGCUCCUGUAAAGUCCUCUCGAGGUCAGUUUCAGUUGCCUCCUGAUGCUCCUGAGUCUAAUGCGAACAUAUCUGGUGACAAUUUGAACAGUUCUGCCAAAGCGACUCUUGGGAGAACAACCAAAAUGGCAGCGGCUAUUUCUGCUCUUGUCAUCAGGGCUAUUAUUCAUGGGGUUAUUAGCUUGGAGAGGAUGGUAACAGUCUUGAGAUUACAGGAAGGUUUGGAUGUUGUUCAGUUUGUAAGGAGCAUGAAAACCAGUUCUAAUGGUAAUGCCCGAUCUGUUGGGGCUUUUAAGGUGGACAACUCGGUUGAAAUUUAUGUGCACUGGUUUCGGCUGUUAGUUGUGAACUGCAGAACAGUUUGUGAUGGACUAGUUUUGGAACUCCUAGGUGAACAAUCUGUUGUAGCUCUUUCAAGGAUGCAGAGAUUGCUCCCAAUUAAUUUGGUCUUGCCACCAGCUUAUGCAAUAUUUGCCUUUGUUAUAUGGAAGCCAUUCAUUUUGAAUGGUAACAUUGCAAGUCGUGAAGAUAUCUUUCAAUUGUUUCAGUCUUUAACAAUGGCUAUUCGUGAUGCCAUAAAACAUAUACCUUUUCGAGAUGUUUGUAUGAGGGAUAGUCGUGGUUUUUAUGAUAUUGUAGCUGCGGAUACCACUGAUGCUGAGUUUGCAGCCUUGCUAGAGGUGAACUGUUUGGAUGUGCACUUGAAAUCCAUGGCCUUUGUCCCUCUUCGUGGAAGGCUCUUUCUAAAUGCUAUAAUUGAUUGUAAGAUGCCUUAUUCUGCUUUUAUACAGGAUGAUGGGAAUCGAGUUUCUGGACAUAGUGAGUCUAAAGCUCUGCGUGCAGAGAAUGAGUCAAAGCUUUUUGAUAAGCUUGUUCGUGCAUUGGAUGCUCUGCAACCAGCUAAAUUUCAUUGGCAGUGGGUUGAGUUAAGGCUUCUUUUAAAUGAACAAGCACUCAUUGAUAAGAUGGAGAACCAUGACAUGUCCUUGGUAGAUGCUAUUCGCUCUUCCUCACCCAGUUCUGAAAGAGCUUCUCCUUCAGAAAAUGAGAAAGUUUUCACUUAUAUCAUCCUCACCAGAUUGUUGGUGAGACCUGAUGCUGCUCCCCUUUUCUCAGAGGUGGUUCAUCUUUUUGGAAGGUCAUUAGAGGAUUCAAUGUUGAUGCAGGCUAAAUGGUUUCUAGGGGGUCCGGAUGUUCUUUUGGGACGGAAAACUCUUAGGCAACGGCUCAUUAUUAUCGCAGAAAAUAAGAGCCUUUCUACAAAGACCCAGUUUUGGAAGCCUUGGGGAUGGUCUUGUUCGGGUGUUUCUCCUGUGACAAACAGGGGAGAGAAGAAGUAUGAAGUCACCUCUCUUGAGGAAGGUGAAGUCAUUGAGGAUGGCAUGGAGUCAAAAAGGUAUGUGAAAGAUUCCACUCAAGUUGAUGUUGAAGGUUCCAAUAUCAGCCAGCAGCACGUAACCGAGAAGGCUUUCAUUGAAUUGAUUCUUCCUUGCAUAGACCAAAGUUCUUCUGACUCACGCAAUACCUUUGCAAGUGAUUUGAUAAAGCAGUUUAACACUAUUGAGCAACAAAUAAACUCAGUUACUCGUGGAACAAGCAAGCAGACUGGAGCAGCUUCUUCUGGAAUUGAAGGUUCUACUAAUAAAGGUAACAAUCGCAAAGGUAUAAGAGUUGGUAGUCAUGGAUUGGCUAGACAAACGACAGCUCCUGCGGAGUCUGCGCCUCCUUCCCCUGCAGCUUUGCGAGCUUCUAUGUCAUUGAGGUUGCAGUUUAUUGUGAGAUUGCUGCCAACCAUUUGUGCAGAUGGGGAACCAUCAGCACGAAACAUGAGGCACAUGCUUGCAUCUGUAAUUCUUCGAUUACUUGGAAGUAGGGUUGUGCAUGAGGAUGUGGACCUAUCUUUUAAUUUUGUGCAGUUGAAGAGGGACGAGGAGCUGGUGUCACCUAUUGCAUCUUCAGAUAUUUCGGGAGAUAGUCUUUUUGAUCAUUUAUUGUUCGUUCUACAUGGGUUGUUAAGCAGUUACAAGCCAAGUUGGCUAAAGUCAAAGACUACCAAGGAUUUUUCUGGAUUUGACCGUGACACAGUGGAGAGUUUGCAGAAUGAGUUAGACUCUAUGCAAUUGCCUGAGAUGAUUAGAUGGCGUAUCCAAUCUGCAAUGCCAAUAUUAUUUCCUUCUUUUCGCAAUUUGAUCUCCUCCCACCCACCUUCUGUCCCAAUUGCCACUCUUAGUUUGCUUCAAUCCAGCUUCUACGUGUCUGGAUCUUACACUGGAGCUUUGAAUGCAUCUCAGAGACUGGCUGCAUUGGCACGACCUGCAAAUAGUAUACCGGGAAAAUCCAAGCCAAUGCCGUCACAACAGGAAUAUGAUAUGGAAAUUGACCCAUGGACACUUUUGGAAGAUGGAGCAGGAUCAGGUCCAUCUUCAAGUAGCAUCACUGUCAUUGGCGGCAGUGACCAUUCUAAUCUUCGAGCCUCAAGUUGGCUUAAGGGGACUGUAAGAGUGAGACGGACGGACUUGACAUAUAUUGGUGCUGUGGAUGAUGACAGCUGAUUUUAGGCUUGACUCACAUUUUUGAAUUGGUCGAAGGUUAGCAAACCCGCCCACAACAGGUAAUUUAAUGCUGGCAUCAAGGUCACAUCUCUUGUCUGUGCAGCUGGUCCCAUGUUUAAUAGUAGAGGGGGAACUGUUGGGAGGGGAUUUUUUUCACAGUUGGGGGGGGGGGGGGAGUUGGGAAGGUGGGAUGGGCAUGCUGGAGUCCUUGUAGAAGAAUGUCAAGAUGUGUUCAUGUAUGCCAUCUGUUCAGCAUGCAGACCCUGUACAAGUACUGUGGUUUUAUGCCCGCCACCAUCUGGGCCGUAGACUCUCAGCCAUUAAGCUAUUUGGAACAGGUCAACUUGGACCCCCCCGAUUCCCUGCCUGUGGCCUAUUGCGGCAUUUACGGCAAAGCCCAACGGAUGGAAUCUAAGUACCAUCAUCUCUUGCUUCCCUAGCAAUCCAUUUCUGCAUAAAUUUAGAAAUGGACGGCCCAAAAAUAAAAUAUACUGACUAUUUGAAGAAAAACCCAUUGACUGAUAACUGACUUGUAUUAUGCCUCGCUCGUCUUUCUUUUAAAAAAGUUUUCUCCAUCCGCUACGACUCCCAUUACUUCAGCCUCAAGUUUUCUUUGAGCUUCCAAGUCGUGGUUUUAGUUGACUUGCUGGAACUAUCGACAAAAUGGAUCAAGCGAAGGGGGUUGAUGGCGCUGCUGGUGGUGGUGUUGAUGUGACUGAGAAGAAGACUUUGUCCCAAGGCAAAGCUGAUUGGUUGGAGAAGUGUUUGGAAGAAAACAAAGGAGACAACAUCAAAUGCAAGGAUAAGGUUGAAGCUUUCAGAUCAACUUCAUCAUCCUCAUCUCUUUCUUCCUCCCCUCAAAGAAAGUUGGAGAAGUGUUUGGAAGAAAACAAAGGAGACGACACCAAAUGCAAGGAUAAGGUUGAAGCUUUCAGAUCAUCUUCAUCAUCCUCAUCUCCUUCUUCUUCCCCUCCAAGAAAACCCUUGACGCCUUUAAAACUACGGAGUGGUUCGUUGACUGAUGUUUGAAUUGAUUAGUGGGUAUAUUCCCUUCUUUUCACCGGUGAUCAUAGUGAUGGUUUAUUGCCUUGUUGGAGUGCAAAAUUAGGAAAACUUUUAUUAUAUUGUUUCAAGGUUGUCAAAAUUGCAGUUGAAGCAAUUUGGGAAUCUGUAUCUUCAAGUGCAAUGGAGGAGGACUUUCUUUUUCUUUUUUCUUAUUAUUAGUAUUAUUUUUUUGUUUUCAUUUAUGAGGAAUAACGACUAUUAUUGUACGGAGAUUUAAUCACGAACAGAAACCCAAUAAAAAGUAAGGGUGCUAAAAACCUUGAGGUGUUAGAAGGGCAUGACUUG